UUCGGGUUUGGGCUGUGCUUGACACGGUCCCCUCCUGCCUGGCCUGUGCGCUAGCCCUGGGGGGCACUGGCCCCAGUGGAGAGAGAGGGAACUCAGAAACCCCACGAACCAGGUGCCUAGAGCCAGAGGCACCUGGGGCUGGGCUGGAUGGGGCCGUGCCACCGCCAGGAUCCAGGCAGGUUUCAGACGAGGCGCCCCUUGGGGGAGGGGGCCCGUGUGCUGCUCCCACGGCAGGUCCGUCCCCUGGGCUGUUGUGAGGAUCCCUCGUGGGAUCCUAGGGUAAGUGUCAGGUCCCCAAGAGCGCCCCACCCCCAGGCUCAGUUCACUGGAAGGACUCGCAGAACUCAGAAAGGCCGUUGUACCACCUAGACUCGACAAACACUGAUUCUCCAUCCUCCCUGUCCCUGGCCUCCACCCCUUACUUCCUCUCUCCGUGACCCUGACUCCCCCGGGGACCUCACAGAAGUGGAGUCGCACAGUGUCUGUCCUUCGGCGUCUGCUUAUCCCACUGAGCAUCACGUCCUCACGGUCCAUCCGUGCUGUGGCAGCUGUCAGCGUUCCCUUCUGUGUUGAGGCUGAAUCACAGCCUGUGUGUGGAUGGAGCACACUGUGCUUACCCAUCUCCCAUCGACGGACACUCGGGUUGUUCCACCUUUUGGUUGUUGUGAAUAGGGCUGCUCUCAAAGUGGGUGCACACACAUCUGUUUGUGUCCUGCUUGCAGUUCUUUUGGUGACGCCCCUGGCAGUGGGAUUGCUGGAUCCUGUGUAUGGUGAUUCUGUCUGACUUUCUGAGGCCCUGCCGGCUAUCGAGAGUGCUGGUAACAGCAUCUCCUUUAUGCACCGAUUUGCUCAGGGUCAAGGCUGUGCCCGGUGCUUCCUGGGCUCCGACCCUUUCUGCCUGUGAUGGGAGGCGCAGUGGAGGAGCCCGUGAUUCCUUCCAGAGGUGCUGGCUCCUAGGGCCCUGCUUGACGACACAGCCCUCUCGUGUCUAUGGUCCCUGCCACCUCACCCCGCCCUCUGUCUGGUCCCAGGACGGCUCUGUUCUGAACAUCUGUCCCCCGUCAGAGGAGCCCAGCCGAGACCAGCUGGACGACAGGGAGGACCUCCCGUGGGGCGCCCAGUUUGAGCUGCCUCCCACGCUGCUGGAUCCGGACAGUGACAGUUACAGGUCAUCGAAAGCCACACCAUUGAAAAAGCUGGACAAGAAAGACUCCCUCCUCCCCCACUCCUCGCUCCACAUUCUGCUGAGCCCGCCGGCUCAUGAGGUUGGUGUGUGCGGUGCGAAUGGGCCCAAAGCUCUAGUGAGGCUCCCCAGCCCGAUGGGGUGCUUGGGGGCCUGUCAGUGCUGGCCCAGGGUGAGCGUGAGAGAAGCUUCCAGAAUGCAGGUUGUCCUGAAGCAGCCAUCACAACAGUGGUGAACAUGUAUUGAGCCCAGCUAGUGUCACCCACCGCGUUAGGGUUUGAAGCAUCUAGGCCAAAACACUA